CGCAGGGCCGACAAGCGCAGGGAGAUAAACCCACUCUGAGAUCACCAGGGUAGGGGAUAAAGAUAGUGAAAACCGCCGUGCAGCUUUCACCGAGCGUUGUUUAUAUUUCAUCACUUCUUCCAAGAGAGGGAGGCCAGGCCAGGAUGAACGGCGAGUCAGGUGCCGGAGUAGUGACGGCCCCCCCUCCCACCACGGCCCCCCACAAGGAGCGGUACUUCGACCGGGUGGACGAGAGCAGUCCGGAGUACCAGAGGGAGAGGAACAUGGCGCCCGACCUGCGGCAGGACUUCAACAUGAUGGAGCAGAGGAAGAGGGUCUCCAUGAUACUACAGAGCCCGGCAUUCUGCGAGGAGCUGGAGACAAUGAUCCAGGAUCAGCUGAAGAAGGGGAAGACGCCCACGAGCCUGUUGGCUCUGCAGCAGAUCGCAGACUUCAUGACCACCAGCAUGCCUUCCAUGUAUCCCGCUGCGCCACAAGGAGGCAUGGCGGCGCUCAACAUGAGUUUGGGCAUGGUUACUCCCGUGAAUGAUCUGCGCGGCUCAGACUCUAUCUCCUAUGACAAGGGCGAGAAGCUACUUCGCUGCAAGCUGGCUGCCUUCUAUCGGCUCGCUGACUUGUUUGGCUGGUCCGAGCUCAUCUACAACCACCUCACAGUCAGGGUGAAUUCAGACCAGGAGCGUUUCCUUAUUGUCCCUUUCGGGCUCCUGUACAGUGAAGUCACUGCCUCCAGCCUGGUAAAGAUAAACCUUCAAGGUGAGAUAGUGGACCGGGGCAGCACCAACCUCGGAGUCAACCAGGCCGGCUUCAACCUCCACUCUGCCAUCUAUGCUGCACGGCCCGAUGUCAAGUGUAUCAUACAUGUACACACACCUGCGGGUGCUGCGGUGUCGGCCAUGAAAUGCGGCCUGUUGCCCAUCUCACCUGAGGCGCUGUCUCUGGGCGAGGUGGCCUACCAUGACUACCACGGCAUACUGGUGGAUGAGGAAGAGAGCACCCUUAUACAGAGGAACCUAGGGCCUAACAGCAAGGUGCUCAUCCUGAGGAACCAUGGCUUGGUGUCUGUUGGUGAAACAGUGGAGGAAGCUUUCUAUUACAUCCACAACUUGGUCACUGCCUGUGAGAUCCAGGUGCGAACACUGGCCAGCGCUGGAGGGCCUGAUAAUCUAGUGAUGCUGGACCCGGGGAAAUACAAGUCGCGUCCAAGGGUCCCUGAGCCAGUCGGCGACGGGUCCUCAACACACCCCAAGUGGCAAGUCGGGGAGCAGGAGUUUGAGGCUCUCAUGAGAAUGCUCGACAACUUGGGCUACAGGACGGGCUAUCCUUACCGCUGCCCGGCAUUGCGAGACAAAGGUAAAAAGUACAGUGAUGUGGAGAUCGCGUCCUCUGCCCACGGUGGUUACUCAUACGGGGAGGACAGCGACUCAGGUGCUCGCUCCCCGCUGAAACACAGCUUCCAGCGCGGCCAGCGCGACAAGACCCGCUGGCUCAAUGCCGGCGGACGGCCCGAUGAGCCCUACGAGGACGGGCCCGACGGCAACAGCCCCAAGUCGAAGCCUAAGUGGACAAAGGAAGACGGCCUCCGCCAGGCUGCCGCAGCCAAUCAGUUCAUCCCAUUGAACACCAAUCCAAAGGAAGUCCUGGAAAUGAGGAAUAAGAUCCGGGAGCAGAACCUGCAGGACAUAAAGACAGCAGGGCCCCAGUCUCAGGUUCUGUGUGCCAGCACCGUGGUGGAACGCACCUUUACCCAGAGAUUGUCACUCUGGCAGGACGCCCCUCUGUCUGACUGUACAGACACUAUUGAUGGCCUCGAUGUGUCCGAGGGGUCCUAUAGUCCUGCUAAAUCAAUUAGAAAGGGGGAGCUUGUGACCGCGUCCAAGGCCAUCAUCGAAAAGGAGUACCAGCCCAAGGUUAUCGUCAGCAAGCAGGGUCCCAACCCCUUCACCAAACUCACCGACCAGGAGCUGGAGGAAUACCGCAAGGAGGUGGAGCAGAAACAGAAAGGGCCUGAAGGUAAAGAUGAUGAACGGAGCAGAGAAAUUGAAAGAAUGCAGGGUCGAGGCGCUAGUAGUGAGGGAUCAGCCUCCACCGUAUCCUGUCCUGAGGCUGAAAUGCUACCAAGAGGUGAAGCCUCUGUCUCCACACCUCUACAGUCGUCAAGUGACUCGCCCAGCUUAGAGAAAGUCCCGCCUUUAGCGGCCGCACCCGCUACGCCAGCCUCCGAGCCGAUCUCCUCUUCCCUCGGCCCAGCUCAGGGCGGCACUGACUCUGCAGGGACGCUAGCAGAUGAUGUUUUUUCGACUGCAGAUGAGGUUUUUUCAGCUCCAGAUUCCCCACAUAAGGAGUUCCACUGUGCUGUGCUGCGAGCCCUCAGCAAGGAGUCUUCAAUCGUAGAGGUCGCUAAGGCAGAUCAGGCUCCAGACUCGGAGCAACUAGUAGAGCUAGAGGAGGAGUCCGAAGACCAGAAACCCACCUCCACGCCACCCAGCACCCCAGUCAGAGCAGAGGAUGAAUCCUUGCCUGAACAAACCUAUAAGGAUGAGAGCGAUGCAGCCACCCUGAGACAGACCCUUCCAGAUUUAACACCCGAUGACCCCUCCGAUGCCCCAGCACUUCCUGCCGAAGACUCCGCCUCUGCCCCUGCCAUCGCAGACGCCGUCGAGGGGGAGGAACCCGCUGACGCUGGCGACCAGGAGGGUGACGAGUCUCCCAGCAAAUCACCCUCCAAAAAGAAAAAGAAGUUCCGCACUCCUUCCUUUCUAAAGAAAAACAAAAAAAAGACAGAGUCCUAGAUCGGAGAAUGUUGGAUCGGUCCUCACGGCUGCCCUCCGCCUCUUUUACGUUUUGCUAUUUGUCUGCUAUCAUUGCACCCUUCGAGCAAGCCACAGUUAUACACAGUUACGCUUUUUUGUUCUUUUGAUAUCAUUUGUCGCUGGCUUAUUAACCUAUUUUUCCUCGUUAGUGUGUGCCAAUUUUGUAUACAGUGUAAAAAUGAUUGCAUCAGAAUUUUUAAUUAUUAGAGGCUUUUAGUUGUGAGUGAGUGAUGCAUUCGGUCUUGUCCACUCCAUCUGGCCUUUUGUGCAUGUCUAUUACUGCAGGCCCACACGCUUGAUGUGAGGUUUUAGGGUUUUACCACCCUCAUUUUUUUUUUUUAAAAAGAGUAUUACUAAACUGUUAUAACCACUAGAAUGUAUUGGGAUUGUAUCAAAUUGUCAAAGUGUCUUUUAAAAUACAGUGAACGCAGAAAGAGAAGCUUGUACCCUCUCAUUUAACUGGUGGUAAAUUCUGACAGUAAGAACUACAAAUUACAUAUUUCUAAUUUUACCUCUGAAGCUGUGCACCCAUGUAAUUACAUGUUAGCAGGCCAGGAGAACUACAGUUGGGAUAUUUUCAGUGGAUUGUUUACCUAUGGAAAAUGCCGUCAUACAGAGUCCAUAUUAAUGUAUCCAUAAUCCAACAUUAUGAUUAAAUCAUCUGCAUACAAGCUUAAUCACAUCCGCGGUUUGUUGACUUUUGUUGACUUAAAUUUGAUUUAAUCUUUCACAAACCAGAUUCAUUAAAAACACCCAUCUGCAGUGCUGCAAACCUGCAGAAAGUUUGACCAUAGUGAUGUUGAGCAUGACUCACAGCAAAGUGUGAGUCAUCCUUGGAAGUGUCAGCAAGGCUUGUGCCUGCUGAUUAUUCGCAGGGGUUGAUAAUGUAUUUACUACUGGCUGUAAGUCUUUAGUAUGAAGGAAUGUGUAAAAAAAAAACAAAAAAAACAACAAAAUCUCAGUUUACAUUUUUCAUUUAUUGGGAUUAUUGAUUCUUGGCUUUAUUUUGCAUUUACCCCUUGAUUUCUCUCUGUUGCUGUGAAGGAUGGGACAGGCAGAUAUGCUAUGUAUUGUGUGAGAUUUCAUAUUUCAUCAUCAUAUUUCUUUUAUUCUUGAUAAUGUCUUUAAUUAUUUUUUUUUUUAACUUGUUGCGCUUUUCGUCACAAAGUAGAUUGAGCCAUGACGACUUGCUGUGAGAGAGCACUGUGAACCUCCUCUUUUAUAAACCACUGUCUGGGAACUCAUACCACACAAUGUAGGUUGUAGGUAGUCACAGUCUGUCAUAGAAGUAGAUACAGUUGUUAUGGAAUAUGAGAGUGGUAAAGUCACUGCUGCGAAGCUGCAUGAUCAGUCAUUUUUCAGAACCUUCAACCUGGACUUUCCUGUGUAAAAACUCCACUCUGAGCAAACAGACUUUGUCGCUGAAUACCUGUGUGUUUCCAGUUGCAGUAAAGACACAAUGUACACUGGAGAAGCUAUUGCAUUUUUGUUUUGUCAUUGAUGUGUAUUCAUUGCAAAUGAGCUAUGCUUGAGGUUGCAGGGCAUUAAUACCAAGGCCAUCUCCAUGCAUUGCUUCCUAAUUUGGGUUUAUUCAUCCUGUUUUAGUGAGGGGUUCAUCAUCAAUCUGUCUAACUCAUGGUGAACCAAAAGGCAACACUGACAGGAAGCUUCACCUAACCUGAGAUGCUUAAAAAACCUUGGCCUUUGUUCACUGCAGGUGGUUUACCUACAGAGCUACAUAUAAGCUGAGAAUGUCUAACUCCUGAAGGACUGCAUGUGUAGAGUGCUUAGAGCGUGUACUGUCCUUUAAAUGACUGUAACUACCCCUUUUUAUUUGAUCUGUAUUUUAUUUUAGCUUUAGUGUGCUGAUAAUAAUACUAAAGUCCUUGUAUUCAUGGAUUUUAUUUGAGUCAACUAUACAUUUAUAUCUUUUUUUUUUUUUUUUUUAAUCCCACAGCUAUGCUGAUUUGUAUUCUCUGUCUGAAAUACUUCCAAUUUAAAUGUGUCUCAUCAUUAUACCAUUUACAGACUUAAUACUUCCACCUCUCUUUUCUCAUGGUUCUGCCUCUUUUACAACCAUGAAUAAAAAAACACUACCUUAAAAAACCA